GUCUUUUUUUAAAUAGUUUAUUUGUAAAGUUGUUCGGCAGACCUGAGAUAUUAAAAUGCCGUGGGGUUGGGAGUUUAGAGCUAAAUUGAUAAAGCAGAUUCCUGCAAAACCAACUCAGCAUCGUGGGAAAGUACUUGGUGAAUUGACGGGUCCUGGUCCAAUGCAAUAUGACGCCCCAGAAAUACUUGGUGGAAAAGGUUAUUCCCAUAUUCAGCGUUCACCCGCAUAUUCGUUUGGAUAUCGGACACCUCUUAUUACUAAGCCGGUAAUAAAACCUACAGCUCCUAUGUUGAAUACACGCGGAAUGGGAUCAAAAGGUUCGCACAAAAUAAAACUUGGAUUAGUUUCACCGCGAAUUGAGGCUCCAGAAGCAAAAACUUUAACGCCAGGGCCAGCGGCGUAUGUUCCUCGUACCUCGAUACGCUACAAGCGCACACCUGCAUUCUCCAUUCGGCCGGCAGCAAGACCGCCUUAUGAACCGUGGGACCAAUGGACACCAUCGCCUAAUAUGUAUUUACCACAUCAGCCGGGAAGGAAACGCCCUCCAGCCUACACGUUCGGCAACGCACUCCAGAAGUCAGUUGCACUAAACCAAAUGCCUUGCCCCGGUUCACAUGACCCAAACUUUAAUUACAUUCGAAGAACCAAGCCCGCGUUCUCCUUCGGUGCGCCAUACAAGUCCUUAAGGGAACCACAGAAACCAGCUCCGAAUGCCUAUUGUCAGAAAAAGUUAAUGUACACGAAACGUACAAUACCGGCCCCUACGUUUGGUAUAAAGCAUUCGCCGUAUCUCGGCCGUGAGGAAGAAUAUCUUAAACCAUCAAACCUUAAAGUUUUUAUUAGCGGAGAAGACUGAAUUUAGCAUGUUUUGUUUGUUUUAA